AUGGAUGUUGAUGAUGAUGAAUAUAGAGACGAAUAUUCUGAAGAUAAUGAAUAUAGAAAUGAAUGGGACAUUACAAAUGAAAUUCAUAAUAACAAUACCGAUGAAGAAAACAACAAUAAUGAGA